GCACCUACAUCGCUGCUAAUUGGAUAAACUUUGAAAUAUAUAAAUAUUAGUGAUUUUACAUAUAGCAGUUAUCUUUUUAAAUACUAAUCCAAAUGGCUUCUAAAGUAUUAAAUGUCACCGCUUCCCAGGCAACAGCGCUUAAGGGCGUUAUACGGAAUAGUAGUUAUGUUAUACCUGGACUGUACGAUUUAAGCACUGAAGAUACUAAUUGGGUUCUAACCUCUUCAUUUAUUAUAUUCACUAUGCAAACGGGUUUUGGUAUGCUUGAAUCUGGCUGUGUUUCGAUUAAAAAUGAAGUAAAUAUUAUGAUGAAAAAUGUAAUUGACAUUGUGCUUGGUGGUUUCACAUAUUGGCUAUUUGGAUAUGGUAUGAGUUACGGACGUGGACCUUUAACAAAUCCGUUUAUAGCAAUUGGAGAUUUUCUUUUGGAUCCACCAGUUGGUGAUCCUCUAAUGGGUCAAAUAUUUGCUGCAUUUUUAUUUCAAUUAUCAUUUGCUACUACGUCAACAACCAUUGUCAGUGGUGCCAUGGCAGAGCGUUGCAACUUUAAAUCCUACUGUUUAUUUUCAUUGCUGAACACUGCUGUCUAUUGCAUACCGGCUGGUUGGGUUUGGGGCGAACAUGGUUUUUUAAAUAAUUUAGGUGCUGUCGAUAUUGCUGGCAGUGGUCCUGUACAUUUAAUUGGUGGUGCUGCAGCUUUUGCGUCAGCUGCUAUGCUUGGUCCACGUUUAGGUCGUUAUGCUGAUGGCUAUGAUCCUCUACCACUAGGUAAUCCAGUAAAUGCUUGUAUGGGGUUAUUUGUAUUAUGGUGGGGUUGGUUAGCGUUUAAUUCAGGUAGUACCUAUGGUGUAAGUGGUGCCAAAUGGCAAUAUGCUGCCCGAGCAGCUGUUAUGACUAUGAUGGGAUCUUUUGGUGGUGGUAUCACAAGUUCAAUUUAUUCACUGUGGAGAAACGACGGUCGCUUGGAUAUUAUUGAUUUAAUCAAUGGUGUUCUUGGUUCAUUAGUUUCAAUAACAGCUGGAUGUUUUCUAUAUCGCGCUUGGGAAGCACUGAUUAUUGGCAUGCUAGGAGCGUUACUUUGUGUUAUCGCUAUGCCACUUUUCGAUCGCUUAGGCGUGGAUGAUCCCGUUGGUGCUAGCGCUGUACACGGUGUCUGUGGAAUUUGGGGCGUUCUUGCUGUAGGGCUAUUCGCUGAUAAUCCAAUACCACUAGAAACUACAAAAGGACGCAAAGGUUUAUUCAAAGGUGGUGGUUGGUAUUUAAUCGGAAUACAAAGUCUUUCUGCGCUCUGUCUAGCCUGUUGGGGUAUAUGUUCAACAUUUUUUUUACUUUUUAUUAUAAACAGGAUAAUACCAAUACGCAUGGAUCCUAAUGAAGAGUUAUUGGGCGCCGAUUUGAUGGAACAUCGCAUAAGACAUUCUCAAAUUGGAUUGUCACGUGCUAUAUCUGCACUUGCACCUAUUAAAGUCAACUUGAAUGAAAUUGCUGGCAUACAACCAAUCGGUCUUAAUCCAGGUCAUGAAAAAAGUAUUGAUCAACUGCGUGCGGCAGACGAUAAAUUGCAGCAAUGGCAGUCCUACUUGAAUCAGGUAGCGCCAAGCAAAAAGAAACAAGUUCCCAAUUCUGAUGAUUUCGAUUUAAAAAAAUACACUAAAUCCGCACAGACCAAACCUGUUGGUAUUGGGAACCUUAUAACGCAAAAGCUAAAGACAUCUCACAUAAGACAGGCACCAGACAGAAAUAUACAUACAAAUAUUACUAGUAAUGGUCCUGAUUAUAAUGGAUUCAAUGUAGGCGGCACAUACAAAUUAAACAACAUAGAUUUACCAAUAAUAUCAACUAAACAAAUAGACAAAAAAGACAAUUUUGCAUGGAUCGAUUGAAAUAAAUUCAUAAUUGUUUAGAUAAAUGUUGUAACAAAGCUUUUAUUUUAUUUUAUUAAGUAAAGAAAUAGGUAGAUAAGGUACUCGCUCCCAACGGUAUGAACAUUACGAUCAUGACUGACAUUUUGCGCUGUAUUUCUAAAGCAAAGACUGUUGAUUUUAUUUUCGACCUCUUAGCAUUCAUAUUUUAGAUGGAAUGUUUUUAAAAUCUUUCAUGAUUCCAUUUUAUUUGUAUAUGUAAGGCUAUCACUUGGUGAUUAUAAAGAAUAAAACUUCGAAUGAUUGAAGUAACGUCAACCACAUAAACCCUAACUGUCCAUCUGUUAAGACGCCGAACACUAUAC